GAUGAUGGUUUAACUGGAAAGACCCCGGUGCCUGUGGUCCAGAAGGGCUGUGAGUGAAAGAUGGACACUAUUUAAGGGCCCUCAUCCCGUCUGGUUAUCAAAGUUAGGCUCCGUGAGUGAAGGAGGAAGACAACAGGACAUAUCGGAGGCCCUAAAGCAAUCUUUAGUACUAAGGAUGCCAAACUGGGGUGGAGGAACCAAGUGUGCAGCCUGUGAGAAGACUGUUUAUCACGCAGAGGAAAUCCAGUGCAAUGGAAGGAGCUUCCACAAAACCUGCUUCAUCUGUAUGGCCUGCAGAAAGGGUCUGGACAGCACUACUAUGGCAGCACACGAAUCAGAGAUCUACUGCAAAUCAUGCUAUGGCAAGAAAUAUGGCCCAAAAGGCUACGGAUAUGGGCAGGGAGCAGGAGCGCUAAGCUCAGAUCCAGUCGAUCCAGUCCUGAACGUCAAAUCUCAAAACUCCGAGGCUCGGCCAUCGUCCACCAACUCUAACUCGAACAAGUUUGCCCAAAAAUUUGGCAGCAGUGAUCGCUGCCCUCGAUGCUCAAAAGCUGUUUAUGCUGCAGAAAAGGUCAUGAGUGCAGGAAAGCCCUGGCAUAAAACCUGCUUCCGCUGUGCCAUGUGUGGUAAGAGCCUGGAGUCCACAACAGUGACUGACAAAGACGGAGAACUGUACUGCAAAGUGUGCUACGCCAAAAACUUUGGUCCAAAAGGGAGAGGUCUGGGAAACAUGGGAGUCCUGGAGGACAGGGACUGAAGGUCGCCUCUGACUGCUGAGAGAGAAAAUAUUACGUUUAUGUUUUUACUUUUAUGUUUGUAUCAAAAAGCCUCAUUUUAAAUUAUACUGAUACCAAAUGCAUCUCAAAUAUACAGGAGUGGCGGAUCUGGGGAGGAUACAACAGUUUGAUAGGAAAUGAGGUCAAAGAGAAACAAAAAGUGCUUAAAAAUGUGCAAACUGGUAAUUGUAAAACAAGACAUCUAAAGAACAUCUUCAUCGACAGUAAUCACAUAUGUUAACAGAGAGCACUUGCCUGCCAGUCUGUAUCAGAAGUGCCAUGAAACAAUGUGAACAAAUCAUUAUAUCAAAGAUUGAAUCAGGGGUUGUUGAUGUUGAUUUGCAUAUGUCCCAUCUGUGUUCAUUCUUUAUUAAUUAGUCUGUGCUCAUAACUCAGCCUGUGAACAUUUAAAUAAACAAAGUCCUUCUCAUUA